GGAGUAGUUAAGGCUGGCUUUGCUGGAGAUCAGAUUCCGAAAUACUGCUUCCCGAAUUAUGUGGGCCGCCCAAAGCAUGUCCGGGUUAUGGCUGGGGCACUUGAAGGAGAUCUCUUCAUUGGACCGAAAGCAGAGGAGCACCGAGGGUUGUUAUCCAUCCGGUACCCCAUGGAACAUGGCAUUGUCCGGGAUUGGAAUGACAUGGAGAGAAUCUGGCAGUAUGUUUAUUCCAAAGACCAGCUGCAGACGUUUUCAGAAGAGCAUCCUGUUCUCCUGACAGAAGCCCCCCUAAAUCCUAGCAAAAACCGGGAGAAGGCUGCAGAAGUUUUCUUUGAGACCUUCAAUGUUCCUGCUCUCUUCAUCUCCAUGCAAGCUGUCCUCAGUCUUUAUGCCACAGGCCGCACCACGGGAGUCGUGCUAGAUGCUGGUGAUGGUGUGACGCAUGCAGUGCCCAUCUAUGAGGGCUUUGCCAUGCCCCACUCAAUUAUGCGGGUUGACAUUGCCGGACGGGAUGUCUCCCGUUACCUCCGCCUGCUGCUACGGAAAGAGGGCUAUGACUUCCACACCUCAGCCGAGUUUGAAGUGGUCAAGACAAUAAAGGAGAGAGCUUGCUACCUGUCCAUCAACCCUCAGAAGGACGAAGCCCUAGAGACAGAGAAGGUGCAGUACACGCUGCCUGACGGAAGCACUUUAGAUGUUGGCCCAUCCCGAUUCCGAGCUCCUGAGCUGCUUUUCCAACCAGACCUAAUAGGAGAUGAAAGUGAAGGGAUCCACGAAGUGCUGGUGUUUGCCAUCCAGAAAUCUGACAUGGACCUGAGGCGGACGCUGUUUGGGAACAUUGUCUUGUCUGGAGGAUCUACGCUCUUUAAAGGUUUUGGGGACCGACUGCUCAGUGAAGUGAAGAAACUUGCUCCAAAGGAUGUCAAGAUCAAGAUUUCUGCCCCUCAGGAGAGAUUAUACUCAACGUGGAUUGGGGGCUCUAUUCUGGCCUCCCUGGACACGUUCAAGAAGAUGUGGGUCUCCAAGAAGGAAUACGAGGAGGACGGCUCCCGGGCCAUUCAUCGAAAGACCUUCUAGGGCGGGGCGGGGGCGGCGGCAGCAGGAAGCAGCAGCUGGGGUCUGUGGGCGACUCACCCAGGUCGUGUCUCUUCUCCCGUAAUCCUUUCUUGUCCGGACUGCUCCUUCCUUCCUUCCUUCCUCCCUCCCUCCCUCCCGGGCCCCCACUUCCCUCUCUUAGUGCCCCUGAAUGCAUGUUGCUAGCCUGCACCUCCCCAGGAGGAGGUGUGGCUCUUUUUCGAGGCCUUGUCUGGGGGGGAGGGUCCACCCCACCUUCCGAUUCCCUCCAGAGCAGCCAUUUUGCUUUGCCCCAACGCUCGCCAUGGGCUGCAAGUGAGGAGGAAGGCUGCCCUCUGCGGCAGGAGGUCUCCCUGCCCUUGGUCUUUCUGGGACAGACGUCUGCACGCUCCACUCCUCUCUGGAGGAACGCUCAUGCCUCCUGCAAAAAACAGCAGAGGGCUGUUUGCAGAGAUGGCGUCAUAGAGUAGCUGCACUGCUUGCCCCCUCUUGUCAGCUCUGCCAAGGCCCCCUGAUUUCUGGGGGGAAAGGGGUACCAAAUGUUCUUCAGCCUGCCCAUAAAAAUGCUCCAGCCCAGGGGUCCUUCACCGCCCUGAGUCCCAAGGGGUCUCUGAGUGCAGGGCGAGGGUGGCUUCAGUGUCAGCCCAGCCAUCUUUCCUCUUGGAAGCCCCUUCUCCCAGUCCAGCCCCCAUCCUGGUGUUUGUUAAGAGAUAGGAAACUAAUGAGAGGCUGCGCAUGAGGGUAUUCGAAUCUCCCUAGGUGAAUAGGGUGAGGGUGGGGGUCACCUCUUUCCUCCAGUUUGUCUACUCUCAAGAGAUUGGGAUCACCUCCAGGGACAGCGUAAGUCACGUUGGAAGGCAGAAGCAUGAGAGGAGGUAGGCAGCUUCCUCACGUCAGCCCUCUCAGUUCUUUUCCACCUGUCCUGCUCAAAGUGGGUUCAAGCAGUGGGAAGGAAUAUUGAGAACUAAAGCUCAGGCUGGUGAGGCUAAAUGGGAGGUGGGAAGGGGCUGCCUUGGAGGGUUACAUAGGCUCUGGGAGCUGAACUGUCCCAUCCUGGAGUCCUUUGCGGUCUCUCUUCCUGAGCUGGAGCGGGGGGAGUUCAGGUGACCAACGGCCUGGAGGCAAGGGGGAAGCUUAACAUGCACAGAGCAGGAGCAGUAACGUUUAAGGCUGACCUAAGAAGUAGACAGGCCUGUUUGGAGCCCCCUCUACCUGAUCUCGCUGUUCUUUCCAUGUCUGGUUUGGCUCUUGGUACCUGGAGGUGCUCCCCCCCAGUCCUGUGGCUCAUCCAUUGCGAAUGGCCAUGUCUCUGGGGGCUCUUCAUCUGUGUAUAAAAGCUGCCAGCUGCUGAAUCCAUCCUGCCUCCUAGCCCAACCUUCCCCAGCCCGGACAUCCUCUGAAUGUGUGGAUUUCAAUUCUGAGAAUCCCCCAGGCUUCGUGGCCUCUGCUGAAAAGCCUCGGAGUUGGUCCCCAGGCUCGCAGGGCAUCCUGCUUGGGAAACGCUGUCCCCAUCAGCUCCGUGCGGUGCCCCCUUGCUUACUGCCUUUGUGGGGAAUGGGACAGCAUUGGCCCAAAGUCCAGAAUUCAAGCGGUUCUGCUAAAAUACAUACCAGUUGAAAGCCUGUCUGGCUUUGCUAGCAGGGGGCGGUGGGGUUCCAAUAACUACCCACCUUCGGCUGUGUUGCUGAUAAUGGCCUCAGCCUCGGGCUGGAGAAAGCAUUAAGCAUUUUUUAUGUUUAUGCAAAUGGAUUUAUUUAAAAGAAAAACACUCUCUGUUCCCUUAAAGUGUGUACAUACGUUGGCUUCUCCAUGUUACCCAACUACCGUAACCAAACCAAAUGGGGGCAAAAGUGCCCUCUUCUUCCCACUCUGCCCCACUCCCCCACGUGAGACCACCUUUCUGGGCUGCAAUGUACAAUAAUUUAACACAGUUGCCUGUAUUUUUAUUUUGUAAAUUCAUUAUACUAAUAAUUAUAAAUUAACCGCCAGUGGCUUGGCGUGCGUCUGAGGCUGCUCUGUUAGCGGUGGAAGAAGGUGUUGUCUUGAUUGUAACAAUAGGUAGAAGGCACUGCCUCUUUCGGAUUUUGGAUUUAGAUCCAUCUGCACCCAGUGCUCUCGGAGCAUGUUAGAACUCCUAAAUUCUUCAGGAAUUUGAGUGGCGCUUUCUCUGGGGAGCACUGCAUUGCAAAGGCUGGGCUAAGGAAAUCCUUGGGACGCACUUUUCAAAACAUGGUCUGUUUCAAGUUGCUUAUUUCUACGAAACUAUGAUUUUGCCAUGUGAAGUGCUGAUGCAAGGAUGCAAAUCAUGAGCUGUUGGACCAAGUGAUUCACAAGGAUUUUGUGAUGCUGUUCCUGGUACUCCAGAUUGCAGUAAACACAAGAGAUUGAACCAAAAGUCUGUCUCAUCCAUCAUCCUCAUUCCAGCAGUGGCCAUCCAGAUGCUGCAGCAGAGUUCACAGGCUGCUGUGCACCAGGUCAUCCUCACUGAGCAAUCUGCUAUCUUUUCUUUCUUGGUUGACCAUAGUCAGCUCAGCUGUAGCCACUUCAGAAAUAUGCAUGAAAUUAGACUGUGGCCUGUCCUAUAUGGCCCCAGAUCGCAGGACAUGAAAUAAUGGAUUUAAAUUACAGGAAGACAAAUUCCAACUGUCAAAUGUCAGGGAUGGUUGAAUUUGGAUUCCUGCACUGACCAGGAAGUUGGAUUUGAUGGCUUAAAGAGCCCCUCUCAGCUUUGAAGCGUUCUUCCAGUGUACUCCUAAUUGUUUCUCAACCUCAGCAACUUUGAGAUGUGUGGACUUCAACUCCCAGAAUUCCCUAGCCAGG